AAAUUCUCUGUUUCGAAUGUUGAGUUUGCGGGAGAUUUGAUCACUUUAAAAUAGUUCAAGAGUUCCUAACGUUACGAUUUGCUUACCACAUAAUCAAACUGAUUAUUGAGUUUGCUUUAAUGCAAAACUAUGUUAACUUGGUUACAUUGCAAAUCAUUCGGACUAAUAUUCGACCUAAGGAUAAAUUUCUGAUUGACGUAUAAGUUUUCAACUUUCUAUUCCAUCUGCGUAAAUAUAUAAAAAUGCGUGAACGCUACUCUGCGGAAGACAGCAAUAGUUCUUCUACGAACUUUGGUUGCUCUAUGCGUGAACUGCAGGGACUUAUGCAGUUACGUGGAGCUGAAGCAGUAGAAGUUGUGAAUAAAAGAUUCGGUGGAGCUUCUGGAUUGUGUAAGCGUCUUAAAACCUCCCCAACUCAAGGAUUGUCAAGUCAUGAUUUGGUAAAACGCCGUGAAGUCUUCGGGACCAAUAUAAUACCCCCAACACCUCCAAAAAGUUUUUUUCAACUUAUGUGGGAAGCUUUACAGGAUGUAACAUUGAUUGUUUUGAUGGUGGCUGCAGGUGUAUCACUUUUACUGGCAUUAUAUUCUAAAUAUUUUGGUGGAGAGCAUAGUUCCGGUGAUGAAACUGAAGGUGAAGUUAGUUGGAUCGAAGGUGUUGCUAUACUUUGUGCUGUUGUGGUUGUAGUUUUAGUGACAGCAACAAAUGAUUGGCAGAAAGAAAGACAAUUUCGUGGUUUACAAGAUAAAAUUGAAUCAGACCAUAAAAUGUCUGUUUUACGAGAUGGUGAUAUUACAGAAGUACUAGUUGGUGAUAUUGUUGUUGGUGAUAUAUGUUUAGUGAAAUAUGGUGAUCUACUGCCUGCUGAUGGAGUGAUUCUUCAAAGUAAUGACUUAAAGGUUGAUGAAAGUUCAUUAACUGGUGAACCGGAUCAAGUGAAGAAAGGUGAAAACAUUGAUCCAAUGUUAUUAUCAGGUACACAUGUUAUGGAAGGUUCUGGUAAAAUGGUUGUUACAGCUGUUGGAGUGAAUUCACAAGCUGGUAUUAUAUUUACAUUGUUAGGUGCAACUGAAGGAGACAGUUCGAAUGCUGCUCCACCGCCUCCAAUUAAUUUAGCUAAUGCUAAUGAGAUGACACAAAUUUCAAGAAAUACAAAUCCAUCACAACAAAACUAUGAUACAGAUGGUAAACAACAACAUGAAAUAAAUAAAAAUUCUAAUGAUCAAACUAAUGGUCAUAAACACUCAAUUAAAGGAAGUGGCCAUGUCGCUUUCAGUGGUACAUCUGAAGUUGUGGGAACAGGUAAAAAUAAAUUGGCAGCCACUGGUGGUCGUAUUGAAAAUCAUCAACAUGAUAAUUUAAAUCAGCGUAACAGUUUAGGUAGUGGAGAUGCAGAGGCUACUGAAGAUAGCAGUGAUGCACCUAAAGGUCGUAAACGAAGAAAGAAAAAGUAUUCAGUGCUUCAAGCAAAGUUAACUCGUUUAGCUAGCUUGAUUGGACAACUAGGUACCGUUGUGGCUAGUUUAACAGUAAUAAUAUUAAUUGUAAAAUUUUCUGUCAAUACAUUUUAUUUCAACAAAGAACACUGGGAUACAGGCAGACAUUUACAUCAAUUUGUACAGUUUAUUAUCAUUGGUGUAACAGUACUUGUGGUUGCUGUGCCCGAAGGACUUCCAUUAGCUGUAACUAUUUCAUUAGCCUAUUCUGUCAAGAAAAUGAUGAAGGACAAUAAUCUUGUACGACAUUUGGAUGCAUGUGAAACGAUGGGCAAUGCAACAGCUAUCUGUUCUGACAAAACAGGCACUUUAACAACAAAUCGUAUGACGGUUGUUCAAUGUUAUUUUGGUGAGAAACUAACCCAAAACACUGAUCAAUUACCAAAAUUGAAAGAUUUAAAUCAUAGAAUUGGACACAGAUUUGUGCAUGGUGUUGCAAUUAACAGUAGUUAUACAUCACGUGUGACUAUUCCAGACAAACCAGGUGAAUUACCACAACAACUAGGAAAUAAAACUGAAUGUGCUUUGCUUGGAUUUGUACGCCAUUUAGGCGUAAAUUAUGAAGAUAUACGAGAACGGUGGCCGCAAGAAAGUUUAGUGAAAGUAUUCACAUUUAAUUCUUUGCGAAAGUCAAUGAGUACAGUGAUUAAAAACUUAGAACCUGAUAGGCCAGGUUAUACUGUUUUCACUAAAGGUGCUUCCGAAAUGGUUUUAAAAAAAUGUAGUUUCAUUCUGGAUGCCAAUGGUGAACCUAAGCCAUUUACUAAAGCUCAUCAAGAUAAUUUAGUUCGAGAUGUAAUUGAACAAAUGGCUAGUGAUGGAUUACGUACCAUAGGUAUUGCAUACAAAAGUUAUAUAGAUCCUACUGUUGGGUUAUUUUCAAAUGAGGUUCCUCUAAAUCGUGGACAGACACCUGAUUUUGAUGAUGAAGAUACUAUAGUCUCUGAUUUAACAUGUAUCGGAAUAGUUGGAAUUGAAGAUCCUGUACGACCAGAGGUUCCUGCAGCUAUAAGAAAGUGUCAACGCGCCGGGAUCACUGUACGUAUGGUAACCGGUGAUAAUGUUAACACAGCGAGAUCAAUAGCAGCUAAGUGUGGCAUUCUUAAGCCAGGUGAUAACUAUAUUGUGUUGGAAGGAAAAGAAUUCAAUGCUCGUGUACGUGAUCCACGUACAAAUCGUGUUAGACAAGAUUUAAUGGAUCAAGUAUGGCCACAGUUAAGGGUUCUUGCACGUUCUUCACCACAGGAUAAAUAUACAUUAGUAAGUGGAAUUAUAGAUAGUCAUAUUUCAACUCGUCGUGAAGUUGUUGCUGUAACGGGAGAUGGUACAAAUGAUGGACCUGCAUUGAAGAAGGCUGAUGUUGGUUUCGCUAUGGGUAUAGCAGGCACAGAUGUUGCAAAAGAAGCUUCAGAUAUUAUAUUAACAGAUGAUAAUUUUACAAGUAUCGUUAAAGCUGUCAUGUGGGGAAGAAAUGUCUAUGAUUCUAUUUCAAAGUUUCUUCAAUUUCAACUAACUGUUAACAUGGUUGCUAUUAUAGUUGCAUUUGUUGGUGCAUGUCUAAUAACUGAUAGCCCACUUAAGGCCGUUCAAAUGUUAUGGGUCAACUUAAUCAUGGACACUUUGGCGUCAUUAGCCUUGGCAACCGAAAUACCAACGGAAGAGUUACUUGAACGAGCACCAUAUGGUAGAACAAAGCCCAUUAUCAGUCGUAAUAUGAUUAAAAAUAUCCUCGGGCAAUCUAUUUAUCAACUAAGUGUUAUUUUCUUUCUAAUAUGGUUCGGUGAAUUACUGUUAGAUGUUGAAAAUGGACGUGGUUUAAGUGCUAAAGGUAUAAAUCGUCCAACAGAACAUUUCACUGUGAUAUUCAAUUCAUUUGUUAUGAUGACAUUAUUUAAUGAAAUUAAUGCUAGAAAAAUACAUGGACAACGAAAUAUAUUCUCUGGAUUAACUAACAAUUUAUUAUUUGUUAUAAUUUGGAUUACGACAUUUGUACUACAAGUUAUAAUUAUUCAAUUUGGUGGCUAUGCAUUUAGUACACGACCAUUAGCUUUAGAACAUUGGCUAUGGUGUUUAUUUUUUGGAAUAGGCACUCUGCUCUGGGGUCAGGUUAUUAUUUCAAUACCAGUGUGGAUAAUACCAAAGAGAAGACGUAGAAUAGCCAAGUCCAGGCGUUUAACAUUAAUUGCAACACAAGAUGCAUUGGGAAUGGAAACAGACGGUCUAGUUACUCAAGAUUUUGUACAUCCACAACUUGCAGAUGGUGGUGUGGUGCAUCGAGCUAGUACAGGUUUUGUUAGUAAAGCGGCAAAUGCGGUCGCUCGUGGUUUUGGUGCAAUUUAUACACAACCUGAAGGUGAAGAAGAAGAGGAAGAGGAAGAGGAAGAUGAAGAGGAAGAUGAUGAAGAUAGAGAAGAUAUAGUUAGUGCAAAUCUACGUAAUACUGGUCAAAUUUUAUGGAUUCGAGGCUUAUCAAGAUUACAAACACAGGUACGUUUUCUUAUAGUAAAUAAGCUAUAUGAUAUAAUAUGUCAUUAAGUGAGUUAAUCUUAUGCAUCUAACCAAUUGACAAAUAUAUAUGGGUUAGUUCAAGCAGUCACAUAAUUAUUAACACAAUUUGGAGAAAUCUUGGAGAAUUGGAAAUCCUAACAGUAUCAAUAGUAGUGAAAACCAACCUUUAUAUAGAAAAAAGUAUGAAAUUUUGGGACUUAUGAUCUAAAGGAAGACAAGGAUUUAUAUUGUGCCUGAUAUCUUAAAAUAAUUUUGAUAGCAAGUGUUAGAAAUACAACUACUUCACUAAAGAAAAGCGAAGUGUUCGGUGGGUGACAGCAAAACCAUUCAUGAUCUUGCUUCAGAUAUCAAAAGAACGGUGAACGUAAUUUGUUUUACAUUGGUAGAUAUAACUAAUUUUCAUUUCCAUUAUUAAUUUAAUUAUCAUUAUUCGCAUAUUUUAAUAUACGGUUAUAUGCAAAUUGAAAUAAACACCUUUUAUCUAAUAAGCAUGUGGUUUUUCCUUGAAAUAAAACUUCAUUCCGUAAGUCUAUAUUAUUAUAUGUUUUUUUAACUUGAAAAAAUUGCAAGCAUUCUUCUUGAAGUAAAUGAUCUCAUUGUUUUUUGUAAAAUCAAGGUACAUAUAAAUCUCUUCUCGUAUAAUAUUCCCAUUGAAUAGAGAAGAAACACCACAGACGACAUGAUUUCUCGUAUUUUAAACAUAAAAUUAUUUAAAUAGUUUUCCAGAUUCUGACACAUUUCAUUAAUACAAAACUAGUUUAUUUUUAUAUACUUCAGGUGAUAGCUGACAACAAUAACAAAUACCACAUAUUUGGGCAUAUUUAAUUUUUUUAAUCAGUCUAUAAAUACCUUGAUUCUCAGUAACGUAAAGACAACCCUCUGUUUCAUAGAUUUAGAAACUCUCUACAUAGUUACAAUUCUCAUGACAUCUAGUUUUGACAUUUGUAAAGGAAAUAUGCUAAAAAUAAAUAAAUUCAUAAAUAAAUUUUUUAUAAAUAAAUAAAUAAAAUACCAACUAGGUGAUCAAAUCAUGGAACAACUUAUACGUAAUAAAUCCUUCUAAGUUAAUAUUAAUGAUAAUAAUGUCAGUGUUUACUGUGAAUUAUUUUGCUUGAAAACACACAGUAAUAGGAGAAGUUCGUUGACUACUACCUUAAUGACUGUAUGUCUGUAUUUUCAUGUAUGAGAUGACAAAAAGAAAUGCAAUAUUGUGUGUACAUUUAUGUUUGAUUGCAAUCAACAAUCACUAUUGCAUGAAUUACGGUUUAAUCUGAGAAGGAAAUUGUUUGACAAAUAAUCAUUUUUAAAAAUCAAUUCUAACGACGAAAUAAAAAUAAACACCUCGUGAACACUCAACUACACAAUUAAAUGUUAUCUUAUUUAAGCUAGUUGGGUUGUUCUGUAAUUUUCUAUACUAUGUAUACUUGUUGUCGUAUUUUGUUAUUAAAUGCACGAAUUUUAAACGAAACAAGGAUCAGAUUAUAAAAAACACUUUAUUUGCUUACUAUUGUUUCUUUUUGUUGUUGUUUGUGUUUCUUAAAUGUUUAGUGUACUUUGAAUUUACUUAUCUAAACAUGAUUACUUCAUUAUCAUAACACAAAUAAAAAUGAAAACUUUUUGUAAACAUCAUUAAAUGAAUUUCAUUCUUUCAAAUAUUUUCUUAUAUUUCCAUUUUGUUUACUUUUGAAAACAUCACUCUUACUAAUGAUUACAUCAUUAGUAUAAUGAUGAUGAAAUCAUUUGCAUAAAAUGAAUUGAAUCAAUGAAAUUAAACUAAUUAGUGUUGUUUCAUAUUAAAUGUUAAAUCGUUUUAUAUGUUGUUAUAUUUUGUUUGUUUACAUUCUAAUCAUUUGGAUUAAUUUCAUAAACACGUUGAUUGGUGCACCAAUCUUCGUUCUUGCUCUCUUUAACAUUUGGAUUAAAUUAACAAAAAUAUUGAAAAAAAAACUUUUUUUUCAUGCUUGGUUUGUAUGGUGUACAUAUAACAAUAAUAUAAGUGAAUUUUGUGCAAAAAGGUAUUGGUUGAGUAAUUUAAAAUUCUUAUUGAUUAUUGAAUAUACAAAAACAAAAGAAGAAAAACUAAUCAUCUACGCUGAUAUCAUACGGCACACUGAAUAGAUACAUGGAUAACCAUUCCGAAUUCAUAACUGAUGCAGUUUAGUAUGUAUAGUAUAACUGAAAUAAUAACACUAUUUGAUUGAAUUAAAUCAUUAUAGCGUUUAGGUGCGUAUAGAUAUUUUUCUUUGGAAAUUAUUAAAAAGUUCAUUAGAAUUAUUUCAUAUCUUCUGUAGAAAAAUUUUAAAAAAUAUUUCUCUUUAAUUAAAAUUUAAUGAUUUCAUUCAUGAAAUAAAUCUAAGUGACAGUUUUAUUUAUUAUCGAAAGUCUAUUCGUUGUAGUAACUUAAUGUAGAGAAGUAUUCUAAAAAAGUUGCCAAUUAAAUUGACUAAUUUAUCGAUAAUUGUUGAAUACUGGUUUUGUAGAAUCGGUUUUCUUAAAGUUUAAGAUUAACUUUGUCGUCCUCACAGGUUCUUCAGUUAAUGUUACAUUGAAAAAAUCCUUUAAGGUGGUUGUUUUCCAACUCUAUUAUGAUCGAAUGGUUAAUAAUAUGAACAAAAUGUACAUUCUGCUCAUGUUUUGUCUACGAAUCUUGUCAAUAAUAAUGUGGAUACAAUGUUAUCUAUAAGUGUUUCAAAUGUUUAUAUUACAUAAAUUCAUUUUGGCAGACAAACGAAGGGAUGAAAAGUGGAGAAGCCAGAUGUACCUGCUCAAAGUAUUACUGAUAACUGAUAUCAGUAUAACUCAAAAUAGAUAAUACAUAUUGCAACAAGGAGACUGGAAUUAGAUAAUAUAAGUGUAAAGUCACACACAACAACACAUGAGACGUAUAAUUGUAGAACCACAGUAACAUGAAAAUAAAAGAUAUACGUGCUGAAAGUCAUAAACGCUUAAUAAUAGAAUAAUUAUUAGAAAAGUAAAAAUGACUUAAUAGUCACAUUCUGAGCUAUUCAAGUCUAUCCAAUAGUAGGGAUUUGUGUACAUAAUAAUGUAUUUAUAAUAAUAUAGAGAAACUGCUACAUCGUUUACGAAACUCCAUUCUUGUCAUUCUGUCGAUUUCACGUAUCCUCUAUAUUAAUUUACACUUCGACAUCAAGAUAUACUAGGUGAAAUCAAAAUAGCUUAUGUUACCAUUCUUUACUAAAUUGAUUUUCUUUAUUGUCUCAAAAACUUUAGUUCAUAACAAAUAAAAUGUCAAAACAAUAUAUACAUAAUCAUAUACGAUUGUCAUGAAACACAUUAGUUUAUUCACUCAUUAAGUCCUAGUAGUACUAAUACUUACAUUAAAUUUAGAUAAAAAUGUUUCACGUCUCAAAUAAAUACCUAAUUCACUAUUCAUCAUGUCUAUUUGUUACGUAAAACAGGUGAAAUAUCUUUUUUUUGUUUUUUUUCUCAAUUUCAUAAUUAAAAUUAUUUAAUAAAUCUAAAUCUGUUGAAAUGGCAUUGUAAAAUUUAGUUAAGUUCAUUAACUUGACAGAUGUUUUUUUUCUUUCUCCUGUCCUUUCUUUCUUUCAUUUGUAACACCCCCCCUCAUAUAUGUGGUUCGAAUCGCACAAUUCACGUAAUCAUCGUUUUUG